AUGGAUCUCUUGCGCAAAUACUUUAUGCAACUGGAAAUCGACCCCCGCGACGUGCCGCUCGAUGCGUCUCCGCCUCCACCUACGCCGCCAAGUGUCCCGAGUGAGCCUCCGCCACCAAGCCCGCCGCCUGGACCAGCCGUGAUCGAAGACAACAGCGACUCGGACCAAGAGGUCAUCGACAUGACGGUUGGAGAUUCGCCUGUCAACGAAUAUGGCUUGCCUGACGGAGAAGAUGCCAUCUACGUUUACUACGAUAUGACGGAACGACGCUACCAGCACGUUCUUCUUCGUGGCGGGGAAGACAAGCGCCACACCCCGAGCAAGACUCUCCAAGCACAACCCAACCCCAAGCAAGCCAUGACCACCAAGAACACGUGGGCCGUCUCCGAGAAGGGCACGUUCGUGCGCGACCCGAGCAAGUUCCGCAACUGGAUCGAGCCCCGCGCCGACGCCGAGUUCCCAGCCGAAGCCAACCGCUACCACCUGUACAUUUCGCUGGCCUGCCCGUGGGCGCACCGCUGCCUCAUCACGCUCAACCUCAAGGGACUGCAGGACAUCAUCGGCCUCUCGGUCGUGCACCCGGUGUUCCAGCGCACGCGGCCCAACGACCCGGAGGACCAGCACAUGAGCUGGGCCUUCGCGGACCCGAAGAAGACCCCGUGGCUGCCCGGCCCGUCGGGACUCGGCGAGUACUCGUCGGAGGGCUCCAUCCCCGACACGGUCAACAACGCACAGUACGUGCGCGACCUGUACGAGAUGUGCUCGAAGGGCAACACGCGCUACACGGUGCCCGUGCUGUGGGACAAGGUCAAGAAGACCAUCGUGUCCAACGAGUCGGCCGACAUCAUCCGCAUGUUCAACUCGUCGUUCGACGCGCUCGCGCCGUCCAAGUUGGACCUGUACCCGGCCGAGUUCCGCGAGGAUAUCAACGCGAUCAACGAGUGGAUUUACAACGACAUCAACAACGGCGUGUACAAGUGCGGCUUCUCGACGACACAGGUUGCGUACGAUGAGGCUGUGACCAAGCUGUUCGAGAGCCUCGACCGCGUGGAGGACAUUCUGUCCAAGCAGCGCUUCCUCAUGGGUGACGUGUUCACCGAGGCGGAUGUGCGUCUGUUCACGACACUCAUCCGCUUUGAUGAGGUCUACCACGUGCACUUCAAGACGAACAAGAAGAUGAUCAAGGACUACCCGAACCUGCUCAACUACACGCGUGAGAUCUACCAGUUCCCGCCCGUGGCCAAGACGGUCAACAUGCAGCACAUCAAACUCCACUACUAUGGGUCCCACACCCACCUCAACUCGUUCGGCAUUGUGCCGGCUGGGCCGAACACCGACUACAGCAUCAAGCACGACCGCGAACGCUUCACGGCAACGAUCCCCGAGUUUGCGGUGAACAGCAACUGAGCUGCCAGAGACAAGGAAAGUAGUUGCGCAAUUCGUUUGCAUUGAUUCGCUCGAAGUAGUAAGCCAAAAACAAGUUGACGAGAGAUGCGAUU